UAUGUCCGGUUUCUCUUUCUGGUUUCUCCCCAAUGUCCUUGAUUAUUGUUGAACUAGGUUUUCACAAGAAAAAUUAUUCUUUUUAAAUCGCGUUUUUAGAAUAUAUUUUUUGGCACAAAUUCUCAAAUGUACGAGGGGAGUAAGAUCCUUUAGCUAUGGAUAACUAAAAUUGGUGGUGCAAAUUAUCCAACUUAUAUUCUUAUAUUGUGGGAUUGAAAGCUUCUGUGGCAGUAAGUCAGUAGGAAUGAGAUAACCUUCAGAAUGUAAGGUUUUUCUGAGCUGAAUUACUGGGAAAUGGUGUCUACUGUCUACUGCUUGAUUCUUGAAGAAGUUGUAUCAGAGUAAGAGUGGGGCAGAUUUGGAGAAUAUAUACCAAUGAUUUUGAAAUGUCUGAUGCUCAGAAAGAUCAUAUUUCCGCUGUUGAACAUCUGGUCCCAAGUUUCAGAGAUCUUAGAAUUCACCUUCACCAUUACUUGGGAGACGGUCAAUUUUGGAUGAUCUAUUUUAUAUUGUUGCUUCCAAGAGUUAAUGACCAUGAUUUUGAGCUUCUGUCAACUCCAAAGAUUAUUGAAACAAGAAAUAUUCUUAUGCAGAAGCUACAAGACGAUAAGACUGCUCAAGUUGAUAACCGUAGCACUAGUGCAUCUGCAGAAAAGGAGGUUACUGAGAUUUUAAGUGCAACACAAGGUCUAGAAAUCAAUGUUGAAGAAAAUACUGAGCGAUGGCUGGAUGGUACAGAUAUCGAUAGUGGCAUUUCUCUAAAUAGCCAACAAAAGAUUGAACACGAAGAGGAUGUCUCAUUCAGUGAUUUGGAAGACGAUGGCAAUGAUCUACCUUCUAGACUAUCAGCCUCUAGGCCAGGACAUGAAGUUAAGGCUAUUUCACGAAGUGGAUCCAAUGAUUGGAUAAAACUAAAUGAUAGUUCUGAUAAUCGGGUUGAUCUAGAGAAGGCACGACAGUCUGCUUCUCGGGAUAAAGACUCAGAAGGUGAAUCAAGCGAUUGGCUUGCAGUUGAUGAAUUUGAUUAGAAAGUUGGCAGCUGUUUGAUAUGCAGCAGAUUUAUUGUAAAGUUUCAAAGAUUAUGAUCUCUUGGAUUGGAUCCCCAGUUCUGUAUUUAUGGGUCUCAACCUUCAUCGGAAGUGUUACUGUUUAAAGUAAUAAUUCAGUCAAUGUCACCUUUUACCUUGCUGGGUUAUGCUAUUACAAUUUAUUUCUGUAUAUACUAAAAAAGACAUCAGAACUUUUCCAACUUGUAUAUUCAAAUUCUUCAUUCUUUCCCGUAAUUGCUUGUUUACU